CGGAGAGAGUGUAUAAUGUGCUGCGAGGAAAAGGUCGGAGGAAGCUUUCCGUCGUGGACUGGAAGACAUGCUGCCAAUCACCAUGACACGUCCCCCGGGGAAGUGUGUUUCGCGUGUUGGGAGAUCUAUCUACAGAUGCAGAUCGAAGCGACAUCUACGGAUAAGAUCAAGUGCGCGGAAUGCAAUGUCUUGCUCGCGGAAGCAGAUAUCCGACACCUGGUGGGACGGACGACUUAUGACAAAUAUACGGACAAGGCUAGUCUCGAGUUCAUGAAGCAAGAUCCGCUCUUCCGGGUGUGUCCCUCGGCCACCUGCAGCUAUGGAUAUAUUCACACCACGGCGGCCGACGGCAACAUCUUUCGUUGUCAACUCUGCCAAUGUCGAUACUGCAUCCUCUGCGAAGUCGUCAUGCACGAGGGAGAGACCUGCGGAGACUAUCAACUUCGUGUGCGAAAGCAGCCCGGUGCACACAAGAAACAUGAGACUGCUUCUCGGAAGUACCUAAAGGCACACUCCAAGAAGUGCCCGAAAUGCACCAUACAUAUUCAGAAGAACCACGGUUGCGAUCAUAUGACGUGCAACUUGUGCCACCACGAGUUUUGCUGGGUCUGUCUUGCCACAUACAAUGGUCCGAGAGGCAUCCAUCGGCGUGGUAACGAAGCACAUCGAAAGGGCUGCCACUAUCUCCCGGCAAACUUACCUUCCAUAGCGUCCGAGGAAGCUGGAAUGUGGGAUUCGGAUGGCGGUAUCGAAUGAAUGACAUGAGUAGGAUUACGGAGCCCGUUGACGAGGAGAGCUCGCUUCAUGUCAAGGCUGAUACCAGGCCAUCCAUGUCGUGACGGAACCAGGCUCUUGUGGUUCUCCGUGCUAGCCGGCCAUCAUCCUAGGUGCCAGUUGCACCGGAAGUGUCUGCGUUGUUUGAGGUCUUGCUAUAAUCGGAAUGUUAGAUGUAUCAAUAUCGUAUCGAUGCUGCAUAUCGCGCGGCGCGGCGUGGAAUGGUAGUCGAUAGCGGCGCAGCAUGACCAGGGCGUGCAACGUGCAUGGCCUGUGAUAUUGGUUGUUGAGCUCCGUCUCGACAGUCGCAAUCUCAGGUUGGCUCGGAAAAUAUGGCGGAAAGUCAGGUUUACCACAAGGAUCUCCCCCAAGAUUACGAGCGUCGAUUGGGAUACAGAGAGACUCGCGAUGUUUGUGCAGUGCCAUUGUUGAACUGAGAUCUUGCGUCAUUCACUCUGGGAGAUUAGACAAUAGUUUCCGUAGCGUGGAUGGGUGCACACCACUGAGACAGUCUUGAACUCCAGCCUCCGGCACGUGGCCCGGAGAAGAAAAUCGGCAGACUUGUUCGACCUUCCUCAAGUGACUCUGAACUCUUUGUGGCCUUGUGCCGGUACGUGACACAUUGCGCUUCUGGUGUUUUCGCCACGCCAUAGUUACUGUAUGAGUUGGGACCAGAGGUGAAAUUCCGAGCAUCCUAUUCCCGGAGCUUGUCAAGAUGGCUUGCAACAUGCAAGUGAUUGCAACAUGGCUCCUAUUUUAGAGUUGCGGCAUAAGGUUGUACCUGCAGAUGCGAUGCAUUCCGCCAGUAACCUUGUGAUUGUAGCGGACCCAAAGGUCAUGGUGAAUAAAUCAUCAAGCCCGUGGAGUCUGGUAGCGGCGAGCAGCACAGUGUAGUGACAUGUUCGCGAGCCGCCGCGAGCGAUGCAGACCGGUGCGGGUCAACGCUGACAUAACGUCCUGGGAGCCCGUUGAAGCCAUCGUCCACUGACCAGCCACGUACUGCCUCUUCCUCAGAUCACCGACCGUCGUCGUUUGUGUAACGCAACAAAUGAGCCGAGUCCAAUAAUAGCAUUGAUAUAUUGCAUGCAUUGGUAUUGCGCCAGACUUCCAGGAUCGCGUGCAUUGUUUGGCUGCUUGCAGCGGCUGAAAAAAAAGAUUGGCAGUGAUGGAGUGGACGAGACAAAGCUGAGGUGCCGCAUAGAGAAAGGACAUCGCUCGCAACGGCAAUCCAAUCACACGAGGAUUUUCUGCGAAUCGACGAAUGAAGUCGGCCAGGACUAGGUUCCGAGAUUGAUCGGGAUGAUCGAUCAGCCUCGCUAGUGCGCAUUUAUGCAAAUCCGGUCCGCACGCCAGCUGCGCAAGCUCAUCUGGGGUUUGCGUCGUUUCGCUGCCGGAAGUAGGUGGUAGCAUUCAAUGGCAGUCUGACUGCCUAUGACGACCGGCGCUUCCACACAUCCAUCUCAUGCAGUGGGUUUCGCUUUCCGGGCGGAUAAACUGUUUAGUUUCGCAAAGCAAGACGGCCGGCCCGCUGGAGGCGUUGACAUUCGUGCUGAUGAGUCGCGGCGAUGGGAGAGCAACCCUGAUUCCCGGAGGACCAAGGCUGUAUCUCAUGAACACGUCACAUAUGUC